AUGAGUCGGUCCAGAAACUACUCCAGAGACGGCGUAAAUGAGCCAGGAGGAUCGCGUGGAAUUCAGUUGCAGGGCUGUACUGAUAACGAAUUCUCACAGCUUACAAAGGUUAAGUCGGCCCCACAUGAGCGAUUGAGCAAUGUGCUGCCCGGCAGGGCCAAACUACCCAUUUCGCCCGUGAAGAUGCUGGCGGGCAGGGAAUGCAACUACAGCGGGAGGGGGAGAUUUUCGUCAUCGGACUCUUGUCACGUGUUGAGCCGUUACCUGCCCAUUCACAGUCCCUCAGUGGUUGAUAGGAUGAAUAGCUGUGCAUAUGUAUCUCAGUUUUCGGAUGACGGGUCUCUGUUCGUUGCCGGGUUUCAGGAAAGCCAUAUUAGAAUAUAUGAUGUCGAUAUGGGAUGGAAAGUGCGUAAAAACAUUCUUGCAAAGAGCUUGAGGUGGACUAUUACUGAUACAUCUAUUUCGCCUGAUCGCCGUUUUCUUGUUUAUUCCAGCAUAACACCUGUCGUCCAUAUCGUUGAUAUUGGAUCAGCUACAAAGGAUUCUCAUGCAAAUGUGACGGAAAUUCAUGAAGGCCUGGAGUUCUCAUCUCAAGUUGAUGAUUAUGAUGAUUAUUCUUUUGGCAUUUUUUCCGUUAAAUUCUCUACGGAUGGGCGAGAACUUGUAGCGGCCUGUAGUGAUGAAUCAAUAUAUGUUUAUGAUCUUGAAUCAAAAAGGCUAAGUCUCAGAAUCCCAGCUCAUCUGUCUGAUGUCAAUGCUGUUUGCUUUGCUGAUGAGAGUGGCAACAUCAUAUAUUCUGGCAGUGACGAUCACCUCUGCAAAGUUUGGGAUAGGCGAUGCUUUGCAUCGAGGGGGAAAGCCGUCGGUGUUCUAAUAGGACAUUUAGAAGGCAUUACAUUCAUUGAUUCGCGUGGAGAUGGACGUUACCUCAUCUCAAAUGGAAAAGAUCAAGCCCUCAAACUUUGGGAUAUAAGGAAAAUGUCAUCUAAUGUCAAUUACACCCCAAGACGCCGCUAUGAAGAAUGGGACUACCGAUGGAUGGAAUAUCCACAACAGGCGAAAAAUUUGAGACAUCAUGCUGACCUGUCACUGGCUACAUAUAGAGGCCAUUCUGUAUUGCGCACUCUCAUACGCUGUUAUUUCUCGCCAGACUAUAGUACCGGGCAAAAGUAUAUUUACACAGGAUCAGCUGAUUCCUCCGUUUAUGUUUACGACGUGUUAAGUGGUGAUCGAGUGGCAAAACUCAAUUACCAUGACGAUGUUGUACGUGACUGCAAUUGGCACCCUCACUUCCCGAUGAUUGUGAGCUCCUCAUGGGAUGGAAUGAUUGCCCGCUGGGAAUUUCCUGGCAACGGUGAAAAUACGUCGCCCGUUAGGCGAACUAGAAGAAGAAGGCGGGACAUUAUUGGCCGGAGAUCGGAGCUUGCCGACGAGCCUGACGCGUGCGUUCAUACGCCCUUGUACAUGACAGUUGGCUGGAGCUGUGCCAGCGUCGACAGAGUGCUCACCAGGUCCGGCGUGGUGGUCACAAAUGACGUGAAGGUCAGAGCUCGCCAGCGAGACUGUCACGAGCGUCUCCGACGGCGGGUAAAAUUAUGGCGACGGCGUCAGACUUCCAUCUCGCCGCCUGCCCGUUUGCCGUCCUCUGCCCGACUUUCAUCUCAGUUCGCCGGUCGCUGUGAGUUCCCCCCCGCCGCCGACGACCUUCCUCCAUCGUUCACGACGACAACCCUACUCCGUUCGGCCGCGCCGGAGGACAUUUCGACUACGUGGAACAUGCCGGAACUCUGUGGCGGCGUACGACCGGAUGGCAGUGGUUCACAUUGCAGCGGCAGGCUGUGGCCGCGCCGGGCGGCUGCUUCGGAGGUGGGAAUGGUGGCGGCGGUUUGCUGUGCGAAGGCAUCUUGA